AUGGGUUGUUUAUAGUCUAGAAAUCAGUAACUUAUUGAGGAACAAAAGGAGUAAGCAGCUAUGAAUGAAUAAGACAAGAAUAACAAUUUGGAUUUGGUGAGUUGUCCAUGUUCAGAAAGUGAUAAUAGUUAAAACAAAACGACAAAUAGAGUGUCUAUAGAGGAAUGUAGGAAUUCUUUUAAUCGAAGCAUUGACCUGAUGCAAGAUAUCAAUAAAAAAUUGGAAGCAUUUUCAGGAAAGGAUUCAGAUCUAUCAGAUAGUGAAUUAGAAUGA